ACGACAUACACCGGAAGUAAGCCGUGUCUGUGUUGUCCCCCUGGUGGCCGGGAGGUGAUAAAUCACCCGGCUGGGAGCGGCCCGGUCGCUGCCAUGUUGUUCCGCUUCGGGGUGGUGCUGCCGGCCGGGCUGGCCGAGGGGGGCGUGGUGCUCCUGGUGGCCGGCUCGCGGCCGGAGCUGGGCCACUGGGACCCGCAGCGCGCGCUGCCCAUGAGGCCCGCGCGCCCGGCGGCCCCGCUCCCCGCCCAGGAGCCCGCGCUGUGGCUGGCGGAGGCGGCGCUGCCGGACGAGGAGGCCGCGGGCACCUUCUGGUACAAGUUCCUGCAGCGCCGGGGCGCCGACACCGUCUGGGAAGGUAACGGGCCCCAUCAUGACCGCUGCUGUGUCUACAAUGAAAGCAACUUGGUAGAUGGAGUUUACUGCCUGCCAAUAGGACACUGGAUCGAAGUCUCUGGACACACUGAUGAGAUGAAGCACACAACUGACUUCUAUUUUAGUAUUGCAGGCCAUCAAGCCAUUCACUAUUCCAGGAUUCUGCCAAACAUCUGGCUGGGAAGUUGCCCUCGGCAAGUGGAGCAUGUAACCAUCAAGCUAAAACACGAACUGGGUGUUACAGCUGUAAUGAACUUCCAGACUGAGUGGGAUGUUGUUCAGAAUUCCUGGGGCUGCAACCGCUAUCCAGAACCCAUGAGCCCAGAGGUCCUUAUGAAACUAUAUAAAGAGGAAGGCCUUGCUUAUGUCUGGAUGCCAACCCCAGACAUGAGCACUGAAGGAAGAAUACAGAUGUUGCCUCAGGCUGUCUGUCUCCUGCACGGGCUGCUAGAGAAUGGACACAUCGUCUACGUACAUUGCAAUGCUGGUGUUGGCAGGUCUACAGCCGCAGUCUGUGGCUGGUUAAAGUAUGUGAUGGGAUGGAACCUAAGGAAAGUGCAGUACUACGUGGCCUCCAGGAGACCUGCUGUCUACAUAGAUGAGGAAGCUCUGGCUCGUGCUGAAGAUGAUUUCUAUCAGAAAUUUGGCCCUCUUCGCUACUCAUGCAAACCUUAGUGGUAGGAAAGCUGAUUGGAGGAGGGGAGAGAUUCCUUGCAGUGUUGCCAACCCCAGGCAUUCAAAAUUCAUAGUCAGACCACCCAAAUUCAUGUGUGUGAGUGAGAGAGUGUGUGAAAAAUCGUGAGAUUUCAAAACAAUAAUUAGUUUAGUCUUUUUUUAUUUGCCUUCUGUUUUUUAGCCUUUGGGGUUCUUGUUUUCAAACUUUUCUCUGCAACCAGGUGGGUUAGGAACUUACUUUGCAAAACAAAAGCUGAGAUUCUCGUGUACUCAUGUGACUCCAGGAGCUGGGACAAAUAUCACAAGAUACAACCAUGUGAGAUGGCAAGACUCUGGUAGGAAGAAGGUGGAGCAAUGCGGAAGGGCUAUGUAAAGAAAUAAAAGUCAAUGGUGUGGAGGUUUUGUUUUUUUCUGGCUUGGGUAGUCAGGGUUGUUUGACCGUUUCAGGUAGAGCCUUCUGUUUUGGUGUGUUUAUGAAGAUGUUUCUAAUGAAAUGGUCUGACUGAGAAGCAGAAGAAGGCAUUUGAUUUAUGCAGUUGUGUUUCUGUAACAAACAACAAGUUAAAUUCAGUUCAUUAGGCAAGAGCUGCCCUUUCUCUCGCGUUUAGGUUUAUAGUUAAUGUGAUUUAGUAAAAUUUACUGCUGUACUUUGUUAUGGUGCUGAGGGUAUUGUAGAUGCUGUGCAGAAAGGUGGGGAAAAGUUCCACUUAAUCUACUGCAAGGCAGAACUCCUGGUUUAUUAGAUUAUCCUAGAGUAAGAUUUCUGGGGCAGGGACUGUUUUUGUUUUCCUCAUCUGUACAGUGCCUGACGCAGAGCCAUGAUCCUUGAUUAGGGCCUCUUGGUGCUACCACAAGAUAAAUAACAAUAAAUAAAAUUGAGUUAAAGCAGAAGAUAUGGGAGGUGGCCUGGUGAGCCUAUAUGCAGGCUGUGCUGCUGAGUUUAGAGUCCGAGGGGCAGUGUCCGUCUCAUUCCCCUACUUGGUGUUGCCUGGAAGUUCUGCAAUAGCAAUUGUCUCUUGCUCCUGUAGAAGACAAGUGCUUCCACUGCUGCUCAGAUGUCGCUGUCCCGUUACCUAAACUAGGAAGGGCAUCACUAGCCUCCAGAGUCCAAACAAGCCCCAUUCAGCCAAAAAUAGGUGCUGCAACUCAUGACCUUGAGGUGAGGAAGUGGAGAAAUUCCUCCUCUGAGGGUCUGAUUGGGUGGGAGAAUUGCUUGUUAAGGAUACAAAAAUUAAAAAACUAAUUUCUAGAGGCAAGUGGCUGAACUAAAUCCCUUUUCCAGUUAUUU